GAUGAGAAGGCGUUCUUUGGCAACAGCCACGUCAAGUGCCCCCACUCUAUUACCGGACAGUCGUGACUCUGCCAGAUUCUCGACGACAGAAUCAGAAUAUGCUUCGCGAGCGUUUAGCACGUGGAAAUCUGCUAAAACUGCUACAACUAUAGUGGAAGUAAAGGUGAAUAGUGCAAUUAUUAGUAAUGGUAAACAUUGCCUCGUGGCGAUAGUAUACAGGGGCUGGUUGUUCAAAGCUGGGUUAACUUAACCCUAGGUUAACCUAAAAUUCAAAGCAAACUCCCAGCUUGGCUAUAAAUUUGGAAAUAUCUCUUCAGAGAUCUUCUCUGAAUCGAUAGGAGUUCACUCCUCUAAAGUUUUGAAAUAAACAGACGUGCAGAGAUACACAAACCAACACAGUGGUUUAAAUUUUAACCGAGGGUUAGUGCUAACCCACCUUUAAACAACCGGCCGAAGUAAUAUAAGUUUUGAUUUGUUAAAACACUUAUUAAAUAAUAUUAUUAUAUAAACAUUAGUGUUAUAUAGAGUUUUUGGCCACUGAAAAAUCGUAUUUAAACACACGUAAAAAAUACGAUAUUUUUACGUGUGAAAAUAUCAUUUGUUGUAAAACGCAUUGCCACGGACGUUUUAUUCUUUUCACUGAAUUUUGUUUAUAUAAUAAACAGAAAAAUACAUGGGUGCUUGGAAAUACCAGAUUUAUUUCUCGUGUUGAACACUGAUAUCUCACUCGUUCGCUGCGCUCACUCGUGAGAUAUCAUGUUCAACACUCGAAAUAAAUCUGGUAUUUCCGCGCAGCCAUGUAUUAUUCUCUAUGUAUUUCGCUUGCUGGCACAGUCGUUAAGGCUACCUGUACGUUUACACUGUACCGGCUAGCUCUCCGUAGAUAGCGGUGCGAAAAAGCACCUAUGACCUAUCCGAUACGGAAUGUCCAAUAUUCAGAAGCUGAACGAAACAACAUCUCUCCGUUGCAAUAAUUCCUCUAAAAAUCGCGUACCUAAAUGGUACGGAUAGGUGUUUUUUUCACGUCGCUACGGAAGCGUAUCCGCGGUGCAGUGUAAACGUGGCCUAAAGCAACUCUAAGAAACCUCGCAGAUGCAGACCACGAACUUCGAUCGAUUUCCGAGAAAUCCGUCAUCAUCAGAAAUCAAGCGAGCUUCUAAACCGCAAAGUGGCCUCCCUUGUGAGAUUGCUCGAAGUUUUAGUUGUGCUAACAUAGAAUAAAUGACUGGCCUUACUGGGACUCUUGAAAGAACCGGUCGGGCGGGAGUGAUAGUAGUAUAGUACCACGUUGCAUAUUCCCUAUUUCUACAGUAUGUAUGUAUGAAAAUAUCGUGCUAACCGCUAUUUCUUGAGUUAUAAUAAUAUGCCAAUUCUUCUCGUAGACUUCCGACAGUUCACGUCUUGGCACGGCGUCCUCCGAUGCUAAAGGAAAAGACUCCGCUCUCGACAGAUCUAGUAGUAUAUUUGUCUCGAUGAGUAACACACCAUUACCUAGAACACCCAAAACAGCAGACACACUGGGACCAAGUGAGUGCAGUAGUUUCACUAGGUCAACACUUAUUUCAACUCAAUACUUAUUACUUGAUUCCGUUAAUCAAUAUCAUGUGCCAGUGUACAGGAAUAGGCAGAGCUAAUAAUAAGAAAGUUUCAGAUUGAUAGGGAUUCAACUACCUGAAAAAUACAAGGAGAACUUCGACGUUUCGAGCGAAGGCCCUUCGUCCUUGUGUUUUUCAGCUAGUUGCAUCCCUAUUAAUGCAAAGCUUUCGUAAAAAGGAACAACCUGUUUCUGGUUGAUAUCGACAAGCUUGAACAAGAUUGUGCUGCACCCUAAGAACAAGCAAUGUUAAUAAGAACCCCAUACGAUCUUGAUUUUGGUUAGUGGUCUGUUUCAGUUCCGUCAGUGUAGAUGACAACUUUCACGUUGGCCGUACAGUACGGUAACACGUGCCUUACGGUAGUAAUUUCUAGUUACUGAAAUACAUGAUAGGUAUUGAGAGGUGCAACAUCUAUGUGCCAUGUACAUGUUUAUGUAGGUGUGUAUAAUGAUUGAUUGAUUGAUUGAUUACAUUACAUUUUCCCUCCAUUUAUAAGGUGUUUCAGUUAUGUCCAGAGAGGCAAGUCCAGUACGUACGGCAGAGAGCUCCACCCAGACUGAUGACGUCAUUGACAAUCUGGUGGAUGUCGAUGAAAUAUCUGAAGUGAAGUCAAAAACUGAUCUUCUGGAGAUUGAACGCGAAAUGGUGGGUUAUUAUACAGUCUAUGAUAGCGGAAUAUGACGUUUGCUGGAUAUUAGGGACUAAAGCAGGUCUGUCGUUUAAGACAACAGACUCAUAUUAUAUACACUUUAACAUGAAUGAUACAAAUUCCGAAUAAUAAUGCAUCUUCAAAUUCAAGAUUUGAAUUAACACUGUUAACCAAAUGUUUGAAACUGUGAAUUUUCAACACAAUGUUUAGCAUUUUUUUAAAGAUCGAGGCAUUGAAUUAUUUGAAGAUAGAGUCAUGACAUUUCAGUUUCUAGAAUAUCAAACCUCCCUUUUAAACUCCAUUUUUCUUCAAAUGUUUCGCUUAUUAUAGUUGAGGGGGCUUUGGCCCCCAGUUAUAUAGUUUAUAAAGGCCCUGGAUGACUUUGAAAUAUAGUCGAAAAUUCACAUUUUCAACUCCUUUUUAUAUUUUCUUGAAAUGAAUAAUGAGUUGCAUUGAAUAGAUUGUAGCCUGUAGGUUUGUUAAGUAUUAACUAUGGAUUCUUUAAUUUUAGGCUAAAACGCCAACGAAUGAACUGCCACAGAAAUUGGAUGAAUAUAAGAGCAAAGUAAGGAGUAUAUUAUAAAUCAGAAUAGAACAUGAUCUACUUCAGAAAAUAAUGAUUUUUUUAUUCGUGACUAUCCUUUACCUUCUUUUAAGUUUGCCGAAAUUGAACAACAGUUGCAAGAAGAGGUUUUGCAAUGGAAGUUACGGGUGAGAAAAUAAGAUAUAUAUCAAAUUUGGGGCUUCUGUGGUGUAGUUGCCGUGAUAGCAAACGUUAAAGCCCCGUUUACACCAGCAAAUUUUAUUUGACAAAUUUAAUAUGACAAAUGCAUUUGAUCAAAAGCUAGCAUGCUAGCUUUUGUUCAAAUGCAUUUGUCAUAUUAAAUUUGUCACAAAUGUAUCAUCUACACGAGCAAAAUAUCUUUGACAUAUGAAAUUUGUCAAAUAAAAUUUGCUCGUGUAAACGGGGCUUAAUGUCAUAGUUUCGGCGUUAUUAGGAUCGAAACAGUCAGACUUGACUCAUAACAGAGGAAUUGCCUUGACUUUAAAUACUAUAAUUAAAUUACUUUUUAGUUCAAUACGAAAGCCCAAGCUCUCAACGAACUGAUGUUAUCCCAGGAAAAACAGGAAAAGGUAUAUAAUUAGUAUUAUAGUAUCCUGAAAUUGCAUCAGCUCACCUUCAGGUCAAAUGGUCGAAUUAUCCAGGACUAACACAUAUAAAAAAACCCAAUACCAGCCGACAAUUUCAAAAAAUAUAGUACAAAACAUAAUCCGAAGAUAUAAGCAUCUUGAAACCCAAAAUAUGAGUCGAACAAGAAAGUGAGUGAGUAAUAUUUCGAUUUUAUUACAAAAUCAUCAUCAGACUCAAACAUCAGACAUCAUAUUUUGGGUUUCAAGAUGCUUAUCUAACACAAAAGGUGGCCCUAGCAUUAGUAUAAUUGCAUCAGCACUAUUGAGCUCAAUAAAUCGAAGUCAGAUAUACAGUAUAUGGAGCUCACUGAUAAGCACAACGUCGGAAUCCUAUGAUGAAGCUCCCGGACGAUCAGCAAAAAGAUUUUAACGAAUAGAAAUGUAGUGUAUUUAAUGUCUGACCUUAGUUAAGCCAUGUACAGUACAGUACAGACGAACACGUUUGUCUUGACAAGUUUACCUUCUCGUGUGUACGGUCAACAAGUUUUCCUUGACAAUUUUCUCUUCACAAGUUUUGAUGCUCGUGUACACGGCAUUCAAGGUCGCCUUUUGUUUGCCAAAACCAUACAAGUAUUUCUUGUACACUUUUCAAAUUUUCCCUGGCAACAUAGGAACAACGAACACAUUUUCCUUGUCCAAAAACUGGCAUGACUACUCUGGAACAAGGCUCCUUGGCCAGAAGAUUUUUUCAAUAUUUUGCCGUACACACGAGAAAAUAAAAUGUGUCAACGAAAACAUGCUGCUCUGUACGGGGCUUCGCCGUGCUAACAUAUACUGUAUUAAACAUAUUAUAUUUCAAUUUCAUCCGAAAUAGGAAAAGGACGAAUUGAUGGAACAGUUGUCAAUUGCUCAGGAGCAAAAGGUUCAAAUUGCUUGUUUCCGUCUGUUUACUCGCUUAUAUACAAGCCAUAACAUUUUAUUAUUUUGACAGUGUUGUUACAAGUUCUUGAAAUUUACUUUCAUCUGAAUUCAUCUUUAGGUGGCAGCUGAACAGGAAGCCGAGAAAGCGAUUUUACAAUUGGUACGAAACAUGAAGUUUGAUUUUGAUAUUUAUAUUUUAUGAUCUUUUAUAUUUGUUUGGAAGUACCAGGAAGUUAUUCGAAGAUACUGUAUGCAUGCUAUACGUUCUUAUACAUUCAUUUCUUUUUAAGGAGGAAUUGAAUGCUGAAAAGGAUAGCAGUUUGCAUGUAAGUAUAUGGAACUAUUUUUGGUGGAUUUUCUAAAUCUAAGUAGCUGAACACUCCAAACCUUGUCCCUAGUUCAUGAAUAAGCGUACGAGAGCCAACGACUCCUUUGUGGGACACUGAAAUCUUGUCUGGGUCAGCAGGAUUUUUCUUCUCUGAAGUUUCGAAAUAAACAGACGUGCAAAAAUACAUAAACUAAUAUAGCUGGUUAAAUUUUAUCGAGGGUAACGCUAAUUUAGCUUUGAACAAGCGUCCCUAGAUUAAUUAGAUUAAUGUUUUUUUAACGUCCCUAGAUUAAUGUUUUUUUCUUUUUUCACUGAAUGGUGAAAUGCUUUAAAAAUAAAAACCUUUGUUAAAAUGUAAUUAUCUUGAGCCCCCUAGAUGAGCUAUCACAGCUCUUGGGGGAAACGCAUGAAGUUUAUUUUCAUUAAAUAAGUUUUAGUUAAAGACCAUGUAAAGUCCGUUCUGCCCAUACGUUCUGCGCAGGCCUACAUUCCAAUGGUCGGGACCCGACCAUUGGAAUGUUAUUAAUAUUUCGCACCUUCCGACGUUUUUUGAAUUGAAUCUCUAGUAUGUAUUCAUUUACAAGUAUAGCGAACCAGAAGAGUGUAAAAAAUUCAGUAUAAUAUAUAUCUAAUCAUAUUUACAACUGUAGCACAAAAUGUAAACAAAACGUUUGUUUACAUUACGGACUUUACAUGGUCUUUAAAUUUUCUAUGGAUUUUGAACUAUGCAAGAUCAAUAAUGGUUCGUUUCCAUCUUCGAAAAAAAGAUUUACUUGCUAUUUCUGUUUCAUAAGAUGGGGGAAGAUGGCGAAAGUCUUGGUGUCGUUCAAACUGAAAGCAAGGGAACAGCGACAAGUGCAUCACUCUAUCGUAUGCAGAACAUUAUGGACGCACAAGACACGUUACAGGUUGGUUGUUAAAAUGACUUGACGUCUCGAUUCAUACUAUAGAGAUUGCACGCUAUCUGUCCGGAGGAACCUGGUUUUGGUCUUGGGAAAAGAUCAUUGGUCUGUGUCUUUUUAACGUGCAGUUUUACACAAAAUGUGCAGUUCCAAAUCCAUUUCUGCAGUUCUUAAAAUACAAAUGUGCAGUUACACUGAACAUGUGGAGAACCGCUACCCUACUUCCACCAAAAGGUCUGAAACCCCACUACCACCACCCCGUAAGUACUUUCUUCCUUUUACAAUUAAUUAUUCACAGUUUCAAAACUCAAUUGAAGAUUGAGUUUUUACUAUGGUAUACCAGUGGUAGAAAAGUGCUUGACGUAUUAAUUUCUUAUCUUGACGAACGAUCAUUUCAGUACUUAUCGCAUUCAUGUACUUAUGUUAUUGUUUCUAUUUUUAGACCUCAGUGGGCAUCCAAUGUCCUAGUAGUACCCAGGUCUCUCGUAAGCCCAGCACGAGGAGCCCGCAAUAUAGUGAUAUAGCAGACGAACAGGAAAUGUUACUGUUUGGAGGUUUGAAUGCUUCAGACAGUGGCUUUGGAGGGAGCAGUAAUGUAUUACACCCUGACGAAUCGGGCAACCUUCAGGUAAUGAGCUUAUUACAGUAUGUUAAUAUUGAUUUCAAUUGUACGCAGGGAUGGAUCCAGCAUGAUCUGGUGGAGGGGGGGGGGGGGAGGUGCUUUUCACUACUGCAAAGUCUUGUUUGACAACUGUAUUUGAAUUGUAAUUGUUGUUCACAGUUCGCUUAUCAUCAUGUUAUUAUUAUAAGUAAUAGCAUGGCUUGAGGGAGAUUAGUGAUUAAAUGGCCUCGUCCCGAGGCAGAUUUGUGGAAUUCCCGAGGGGAUUCCGCAAACCUGCCGAGGGUAAUGGGUCAUUUAAUCACUAAUCGCCCGAAAAGCCAUGCUAUUAGUUUGUAAUAACUAAUAGCAACUAUGCUAUUACUCAAAUUACUGUAUCUCAUUUUGUCUCUAACAAUGUUUUGCUUUAUCCUGAAAAAUAGCACCCCCCCUCCCGCAACCCCUCUGGCCAGGGCUAGGGGGUGCACCCCCAGUAAAUCUAUCCCCUGAUUGUACGUGUACAAAGAAAGUGAUUACUCCGUUAAUAAUCCCUUUGUUUUUCUUUUUUUCUUUUACAGAAUGAGGUAGAUCCUUCCAAGUUCGCAUUUCAUCCUCGCUCACCCUCGUCAGUUGCCAGUAGUGGUCGUGUACGGUCCAGAUUGGUUCGAUCAGCAUUACGAGAUCAUCGCGUUGUUGUAGAGACUGUUAGAACGUAUGAAAUGAUUAGCGAGUUUAAAAUGAAUAUCGUGAUUUGGCUGCAACAACAUGGUUUGGCACACAAAUCUGAAUUACUGACCGCUAUACCUGAUAUUACCCUGAAUAAGGUGAGUAAAAUUAAUACAAAUUCAAAGUAAAAUUGAAAAUCAAACAAAGUCAGCUUCAAUUUCAAACUAAAUCUCAAGUUCAAAUUCAAUUUGGAAAUUUAAUUACAAAUUCAGUUUCAGAUUCAAAUUCAAUUUCAGUGUCAACUGUCAAAUUCAGUUUCAAUUUGAAACACACUGUCAAACAGCCAAACAGGUGGUUAACCACUGGUGGUUAACGGUGGUUAACCACUGGUGGUUCAAUGUGCAUUUGACUACUAUCGACCGCUCUGUAUAAGACAUACAAAAACCUACGAAUUAAAUUGUCAAUAUUCAUUGCUUUCUUUCACAGGAAGAUGAGUUAGAUGUCCUGAGUAAAAUGUCUGCAAUACGUGAUACAACUCAACAGGUAUUUAAACUAACUUCAUUUAUACCGGAUUACUGUAUUAGUUCUAUAAACUGUUCUCUCUAAAGGCGGAGUAUAAGGGUCAUAUCUUGUUUGUCCAGAAGAAGACCUUGGAUAGAUCUACUGUAUCUUAUCUAAAGUGUUUAACUGUUCUCCCUAGAUGUCUAUAGUGAGGGCCAUCUCUUAUUUGUCCAGAAGAAGACCUAUAAACUAAACUAAAAUGUUUUGAAACAGGAUAGCUCUAUCUACAUUGUUUUGAUUUCUAACAGAAGUCCAAUAGACCCAUUGCACUGACGUCACAAAUCCUUAGAGUGUCCUCCAGAUGCUCCCUAACAAUAUCUGUUGCGGUGCAACAACCACAUACAGCGCAAAAUUUAACCAUUUUAAUUUUUUUAAAAUUAAAUCAAAAUUAUUAUAAACUUUUACAAAAUUUGCUUUGUUUACAAAAGUUAUAUUAUGCAUAGAUUGCUAAUUUGUCCUCCAGAUGCAUCGUCACCGGCGCUGCGACGUCAUGUGCAAUGGGUCUAUAUGGGGCAAUUCUUUUUGAUUCAGUGUCACUACAAGAAAUAAUCGAGUACGUGUGGAAAGAAUGUCGCAUGUGAUAGAGUCCAACUGGAAGGAUUCUUCUCACAUGCGAGUGAUACGACUGACUUGAAGUUAUAAGCAGACACAUGCAUGUUGCAUGAAUGGGAACCCUGCACCUACAUAGAUGAAAGACACAUGUAUUCAUCACUGGGCCGUCCGAAGGCACUUCAAAAAUAUGUUUUAUUCGUUUUCUAGAUACUUGAUGCAUUGUGGCAAGUAACAAAAGACGACUACUCCUGGUCACAGCAUGACCUUGUGGAUGGCAAAGAAGAGCAAGAAGAGAACUCGAAGGAUAAUAAUGUACGUCCAGAUGAUAUUGGGAUAGAAAUGGAUACUAAAAAGGAUGAUGGAUUGUCAUCUUCACCGGUUGCUAGGCAACAUGGCGAUGACGAAGAAGUAAAUGUCCAAUCACAGGAGCACAACUUGCAAG